GGGCAUGUAUGGGUGCGUCAGGCGCUGGCAAGGCCAUAGUGUUUGUGCACGACACCACGUACGCGACAGGCAGCCGACAAGAAAAAGGCACACCAAUCCAUGAGACCCCGAUGACACGACAGCUGUCAGUCAUGCAUAUGCACACUCAUGGACGUCAGUAGGUAGCUAGGUAGGCAAGCAUCAUAGCGGUGAAUGCACUUACCAUCGCGUCCGUCAUCAGUCAGCCCACCCACACACACCCACACACUCCACUCCCGCCCAUACAUAGCUCACUCACCCAUUGAUUCUCGGUGUCCAAAGCACCUCCAUGUCAUCUGACCGACCCAUCGUCCACCGACGUACUGGUCCACCAUCGAUCGCCCCUUCCAGCGCACCCGAUCGCCCGCCCGCCCCUCCUCUUUGCGCCCCGCCCCCGACACACAGACUGCAGGGCCGACAGGUGUCACGCCGCAUACUCGAAGGACGAGGAUGGCAAAGAGACGGUCACGAGACAAACGGGAAUAGACAGUGCAACGCUGUCGGUCGGCCACACAAAUGAAUGGCGGCUCGGACGACUUCGCCCCAAUGUGUGGGCCCGUUCGACUUGCGUCUUUUGGCGGGGAGAAGGCUCUUGGUCGGCGGCUGGCGGGUGGAGUGGGUGGGUGGGUGGGGCUUGCUUGUCAUGCGUCCACCCGUCUCUCUGCAGGCAGAUGAAGGAGAGAUAGAAGGGGAGUAGAGUGAGCCUUUAUUUGAGACGGACAUCCCGCUCAUGUGUGUGCGAUGCCCACCCACCUGUCACUUAUGCAGCUAGCUGUGGAUGGAUGUAGUCGGCAGAGUAACGUGUCGGUCGGCCUGUAGGAAUGUGUGUGUACGAGGGCCAGUGAGUGCUGGCUGUGCUGUGCGCCUGACAAACGAGACACACAUGGAUAGUUGGACACACGAGGUCGGGAGGGAUGAGUGCAUGUGUGUGGUGCUCACCAGUGAGUGCAAUUAGUGAGUAUCAGAGUUAUGUCAGUCAGUGACGUCGGCGGCCUUGGCCAGCGACCAAACUCACGCAGAUCGGCGGCAUGGCGCAUCUGAACAAAAGAUCGACGAAUAUGUGUGUGUGUUGGCUGGCAGGGUGCUGUCCGCGCACCUCACCUUCUUCCACAGCGAUCAUGUGCUUGCUUAAAAACAGGUAUGCAUCUGGGCAGUGUGUCUGUCUGUGUCUUGACACACAACCGGGAAAGCCUCUCCUUCUUCUGUCUCCCAGCUAGCACGAUGGUCGAACGAAGCCAGCUCCAUGGGCCUCGACGGUCAGAGGCGCGUCCGCCGACCCCGUUGGCCGGUGUGAUGCCGUGUGCAGUGGCGUCCGCUUCUCCUGCCACUGCGUGCUGAUAGCCAUGAUACAUGAUAGAUCUGGCCCAGCGGAACACCAUAUGCACCAGCUCAAGUAGGGCGGCAUCCAGCUGUCUGCAGUCGUGGAUGAAGUGCUGGUGCCGUCCGUAGUGGGUGUGUGCGCGUAGAUGGGUCAGCCGAUUGAGUGGCGAAAGACAGCAGCGUGUUGGUUCCGGCAGAGGCGGACAGCCGCUUCUCUUGUCAGCCGUGGUGUGCCGCCAAGGGUGCCCCGGCGUGGCGCCGGGAGGCUGCGUGCCGGCGUGCACGUUAGAUGGUGGCCGCAAUAGACACACGAGACAGCAGCUGAGACGAAUCCCUGAUACACAUAACCGCCGACACACAUUGUUUAUUGUGUGCGGCGAGCCCUUCCUUGUCUGCCUGCCUUGUCACUCACUCACCUGAACUCGUCCAGAGAUGGCGGCGUUUGCCUAAACGAAGGCCAGCGCGUUUCUGUCGGUCGGCCUCGUUUGGAUGGAUGAUCCGUCUGGUUCAAUCGGUAGUCCUCACGAUGCCGAUGUCGGGCCGCUCCGCAACGAACGCACCCGCCCCAACCAGAGGCCAAUGCGUCAGACAAAAUUAACGUGCACCUGGCUGACGAACAAAACACAGAGAUGGACAGAAAGCCAUGGGACGUGACACACACGUGUGUGUGGGGGGUUGGGGCUUUGGUGGUUGCUUACGGCUUGCUCAUAGAGUGAGGUGCAGCGUCGUCCGGUGAGGGACAGCAUCGUUGGUGUCCAUACAAACAGCACAUGGUGAGUGGAGUGAGUAGGUCGAAUGAACCGUGGACCCAAAAUAUUACAAUGAAUACGCAGCAAGUCAGUCAGUCAGUCAGUCGACACGGAUGCACACACACAUCUCACGCACUGCCCUCAGCCGCACUCACCCAGGCCCUGACCGACACCAUCCACCCACCCACCCUCCACCAACCUGCCUCCCGACCCCGACAAGCACCACCAUUACCACCACCACCCGAUUGUUUCGGUCAACGAGAACACCGCCGACGCACAGAAGAAGUAGACAGACGGGGAGUAGACAGCGACACACCACACCCACGCACACGAACGAAACGGGAGUGUCACGACCAUACGGAAGGACGAGAAGAAAAGGACAAAGCAGCGUCACGACCAUACGGAAGGACGAAAAGAAUACGACAAAGGAGAAAAAAAAGCAAUACAAUACAAUACACUAAUUAACUAACAAAAACAAAGAAGAGCCAUCCUCCCCCGUCUGUCUACAUAUGGGGGCGCGGGGGCCUCUUCUUGUGGUGGCGGUGGGUGCUGGGUGGGGUGCUUCUCGUCGGCGGAGAAGGCACAGACGCUACACGUGUUGGGGAUGAGUACUUGUGUUUGGAGAGCUCCUCUCGGGGCUGCUCCACCCGCACCUGGGCCGACAGGGCUGCUCCUCGACGCUGUACGAUGGCGGGGCAGGCGCGGCAGCUCUAUCAGCGAUCUCUUUGCCCUCCUGGGUGAUGACCUGCUCGUGCUGUUGUGCCGCAGGCUCGUGGUCGCCAAUCCUGAGUGAGUGAGCAUCGGACAACGCACACACACGUACAUACAGACAUGUGUGUGUUAUGGGUAGGGGUGUGGAUGCUUACUUUUGUAUCUCUUCAGUACCUUCCUCCCCCAUGGCUUUGGCCAUGGACGCCGCGCCGCGGCGCCGACCACCUCUGCCUCUUGCCCGCCCUCGCGAGGGGCGCGGUAGGUCUGCACUGAUGCCGCCGGUGGGGGGCCGAAUGGUGCGCCUGGGGAGGGGAGAUAGGGCGGCUGCUGAGUGUCUCGCUCGUAGUAGAGCUGGCCUUCGUGUGUGGGCUGCUGUGACCAACGGGUCUGCCGGAUGGCCUCGCCCGUCAAUCCCCGAGUGACCAACGGGUCUGCCGGAUGGCCUCGCCCGUCGAUCCCCGAGUGACUAAGGCCCACAGGCGGAUUGCUGGCAUGCGGCCCUGGUCGCCCUCCUCCGCCUCCAUGGACACCACCACAGGGCCGGGUGACCGGCCGGCACGCCAUAAACGGCACUCACCCGACGGCUUCAGCUCGUCCUGCUCGUCCAGCGACACCGGCACGUUGGGUGAG